AUGGCUAAUUACUUCACUAAGUUCCUACCUCAAUUGGGAAAUAGUGCCACCAGUUCCCCCUACUAUGACUCCAGUACUUCCUAUAAUCCUCAGUUGAAAUACUUAACUAUCUUCAAUCCUAGUUUGAUAGAAGAUAAAAAAGCUGAAUCAAAUGAAGAGUUGUUUAAACAGAUCAUAUGCUUCAUAUCAAUCAAUAGCAUUGAUAAUGGAGGUGUACUACUGGAAGAGGAAAAGAUCGAACAGUUGAAGAUCAUUGGAUUAAUACGAGGGGUGAAUUCAUUUGCCAUUAGCUUUAGUAAAGGUGAUGAUAAGAGUGUUAAUAUUAUCAAUUCAUCUAAAUCAUCCAUUGUAUUGAUUAAUCUUGAAUCUAACUUCUAUCUUGCAUGUUCUAUAUCAUACAUGGCCAAACAUAAUAACAAAUCCAACUUCAUUAAUCAUCAAUUGAUCAAAUUGAUUAGAUCUUUUUAUAGAAAUUUUGUCAUUCAUCAUACCACUUUUGGUAAUAUAUUAGAUAAGUAUAAUUUAUCCAUUCUAAAACAAUCAUUAUCAACCUAUUGGAAUGGUUUCUUCUCCAAUUAUAAUCUUCAAUAUUAUAAAAUACCGCCUGGUCUUUCGUGGCCUAAUAGUUUGAAUUAUAAAGGAUUUUUGGGUCUAUUACCUGCUGAUCAAAUAUAUAAAAAAUCAUCAUUAUCAUUAAAUUAUCAAGUUCAACAAGAAAUAAGUCAAAUCUUACAAGGACCAGAUGAAAACAUACCGAAAGGUAUAAUCAUAUCCUGUUUUAAUAAGAUCCAACCUAAGAAAUACGGUUUAUUACAUAUCGAACAUAAUCCCAAACUAAAAGAAUCUGAGUUGAUUGAUAUUUAUAAUUGGUUAGAAUUCCACGAUUAUCACGAUACCUUGACCACUGAGAGUUUAUCUAAUAUAAGUAUUGAUGAUUUUUUCAAAACCAACUUAUCAAUCCUUCCCGAUAUAGAAUCGGAGACGAGUUCAACGUUGAAUGCUUCAAGUAUCAAUACCAAUGCCAGUCCAAGUUAUGCUCAUCAGUACGCUACUGAUAAUAUACGAGCUGUGACAUCCACCGCUAUGGAAAUGUUAAAUCCAAGAAAUAUCACCAAUAACUUAGUUAUUCUGCCGAUCAAUUAUACAGUUAGUAGUAUGAUAUCAAUUGGUGAUCAAGUUAAACAAUAUGGAACUGGUAUUGCUGAAAAUGACGAUGUAACCAGUGCAAGUAGUUGGCUUCAGAUGCCACCUUUAUUAAAACUGUUAAGACUUGGUGGUACUGUGGAGCCCGUGAUAUCACCAUCUAUGAAUGGUGAUAAUGAUGAUGAAGAGGAAAUUGAAGAAGAAAAUACAGGAGAAUACUUAAUAGGAUCUAAAUUUGAUCUAGUAUCUAAUUCAAACUCCGUUUAUAGAAAGUUGGUUUAUUUAACUACUACUUCGGAUACAGAUGAUACAGGAACUGAAUUUGAAUAUCUGUUAAUCAUUUAUAAAAAGGAUGAUAUUGUUAUAACAUUAAUCUAUGAUUCCUCAUAUGAUCAACUUGAUAAACUUGAAUUUUAUGAAACACUUGCUCAAGAUACACUCAUUCCAUCCAUUGAUGAGAUCGGCAAUUCCGUACUUGGUGGAAGUUUCAUUGGUAGUAGUGUUGGAUCAUUAAACGGAAUAAUCAAUGAGAAUGAUGUUGAUAAUGACUUCUUCUUUGUUGUGUUUGAUAAAGCGCAAGGUUGGGUCAAAUCUUCAUUGCCAUAUCUACCCCACAUCAAUAUCAAUGAUGACGAAAAUAAUCAUAAAGCGUUAAUAAUGUAUCAAAGUGCAAUGUUUUACUUGCAUGACCAAUUAACUUCAUUAUUUUUAAUGCAGCGGAAUAAUAAUUUUUUCACCGAUAAUAAGAUGAAUGAAUAUUUUCAUAAAUUUACAAGUAAUAAACAAAAUGAUUGGAUGUUGUAUUAUAUUAAGUAUAAAGAUAAAUUUAUUAUUAUUAUUAAGAAUCAUAAUCAUAGUGCAAAGAAGAAAAGAAAAAGUAUAGCAUAUAGAAAAUUAAGUGUGGUACCACCUUCAGUAAGCACAUCACCAAUUUUGAAUGGUGAAGAACAACAACAAUUAGAAGGGGGUAAUACUGGUGAAGGUGGUGUGGCUGGUGGUGGUCUAUUAAACAGAAUUACAGAUUAUACCCAUCUUGGAUUUCUUGAUAAUUUAGGAGAUGAUGUUAAGUACUGGUUGGAUGGAUUUACAACAACUUCAGAGACUUAA